AUGUCAGAAAAUUGUGCAACAGUAAAUGAUGAAACUAAGCAUAUACUUAAAGGUCUUACACCACCCAAACCUAAAUUAUUAAACAGUACAAUUAAUAUGGUCCCAAUUAAUGAUGUAAACUUAACUACUUCGGGUACAAUGAAUAGUAUAUCUGGAUUUCCUGCAGUAAAUUCCCUACCUCAACUAUCUUCUGCACCAGCAUCUACUACUCAGAUGCCUACAUUAACUGCUAGUCAAAUACAACAAGCAAUGGCUAAUAUACAAUUGAAUAACCCAAAUAUAGCGACUAUAACACCAGGGAUUAAUAGUGCAAAUUAUAAUAUUCCCCCAGUAUCAACAUUAGAUCCUAAUAUCUUAUCUACAGCUGGGAUAAAUAUUCAAAAACCAGUACUACAACCUGUCCAAAUUCCAAAUGUGGGGACUACAAUUCCAAAUCUUUGUGGAAUACAGGGACAAGAUAUGGAUCUCAUGAAUUGGAUGCAAAAGCAACGAAUUGCAUUAGCUCUUUCCCAGAUGCAGGGUGACUUAAAACUAAUGCCCAAUAGUGAAAAGAACCUAGCCAAUAUGAACACAUUUGAGAAUAAUCUUAUUAAGAUACCUACAAGCUCUACUACUUUUGAUAGUUUAUCAAAUAAUCUAAAUAUGAAUAUAAAUGGAACCCAAGAGUUACCUUUAACUCCCCAACUUGCCACAUUUUUAGGGAAUUCAUCACUAGUUCCUACAGUUCAAACUAAUCAGGGGGUUAAUAACUUUUCAAAUUUCAAUAGUGUAUUAACUACCUCAUCAUUAAACAAAACAUCAGAAGGUAUAACUCCUGGUAUAAAUAUGAAAUGUGCUUCAAAUUUAGAUAAUUUUCAGUCAUCCAAUAUACGGCAGAUACAAACAAUGGUAGAGAAUCAACAAAAACAAUAUGUAAACAGUCAACUUUCUGCAGCUGCCCAACUCUUAAGACAGCAUGGAAUUCGAGCUACUAUUGGAACGGAACCAAUAUCUGAAAAAGAAACUGAAACUAUUAACCAAUCAACUUUAUUACAAAGAAUAGUGGCUAGCAAAGUCAAUUCUAAAAUACAAAUUGUUCCAAAUGCACUUUCAGAAGAAGAAUGCAAUGAAAUUAUCAAUUUCAUUCAAGAUCGUUUAGAAUCAUCCAAAAUCUCAAUGAAAAAGAGUACAAGUAAUUCAGAUACAAAUGAAAUUGAUAAAGAUAAUGAGAUAACUAACUCUGAAUUCUGCAAAUCUUUAACUGCCUGUAUACAACCAGAGGAGACACCACUAAUCAAAAUGAUAGAAAGACGUCUAGCACUGUUAGUAGAUACACCAAUAAUAAAUCUAGAACCUAUAUUAGUACACAAAUAUGAUAAUGGUGGAUAUAUUAAAGAACAUCAUGAUGGUGAAACUCGUUCAAGUACAAUAUGUGUAUUUUUGGAGACUAUCUCUAGUGGUGGUGAACUGGACUUUCCAUAUGCAGGUAUUAAAGUAAAACCAAAAAAAGGCUUUGCAGUUAUUUGGCCUAACAUUAAUGAAGAAGACAAGAUAGAUCAUACAACAAUACAUGCGGUAAAUAUGGUGAAUGAAGAUACAGCAUUAUAUUUAUUGUAUUUACAUGUAAAUAAAUCACCAGCUAGGAUGCAUCAUGAAGCUUAUUCAGCUAUAAAACAGAUAGUAGAAAGGGAAUCACUUCCGAUACCUGAUACUGUACAACAUAUUUCAUAUUCUUAA